CAUUGUGGGGAACCUUGGUCUGAUCACUCUCAUCUGGAAUGACCCUCACCUUCACAUCCCCAUGUAUUUAUUCCUUGGAAGUUUAGCUCUUGUGGAUACUUGGUUGUCAUCCACAGUGACACCAAAGAUACUAGUAACCUUUUUUGCUAGAAGCAAACUGAUUUCUUUGACUGAGUGCAUGCUACAGUUCUUUUCAUUUGGAAUCAGUGCAACUGCAGAGUGUUUUCUCUUGGCAGCGAUGGCCUAUGACCGCUAUGUAGCCAUAUGCAAACCUUUACUCUACCCAGUGGUUAUGACAAACAGGCUCUGUGUACGUCUGUUAGUCUUGUCAUUUGUAGGUGGAUUUAUCCAUGUUUUAAUUCAUGAAAGCUUCUUAUUCAGAUUAACCUUCUGUAAUUCCAACAUAAUACAACACUUUUAUUGUGAUGUUAUGCCACUGUUAAAGAUAUCUUGUACUGACCCUUCUCUAAAUUAUCUCAUGCUUUUUAUUCUCUCUGGUUCAAUUCAAGUAUUUAGUAUUUCAACGAUUCUAGUUUCUUACACACUUGUUCUCUGUUCAAUCUUAAAGCAGAAAUCUAUCAAAGGCAUAAAGAAGGCCUUCUCCACCUGUGGAGCCCAUCUCUUGUCUGUGUCUUUGUACUAUGGCUCUCUGCUCUUCAU